GUCACUCUGCUAUAUAUAUUAAUGGAGAGAGAGGGGGGACAGGAACCCUGCACAGAGCUCUUUUUUCGGUAUUUCUUCCUCUCCAAGGAUUAAGGCGGUUUCGGGUUGUCUCAGUCGAAUUAGAGCUGGGAAUUCCAUCAUUUCUUCUAAGUAUAAACCCGCCUCUGGUUUUCUUAUCAUUUGAGGGUGAAAUGUAAAAUUUCUCAAAAGCUUGUAAGCUCAGAAUUGGUUGAAGACAUAGACCAAAGAGGAAGGAAGCAAGGUGUAGUGUUGGGAAAUUGUUGAAUUUUGCCUGAAUUCGAUUAUUUAUGGAGCUGAUUACAAGUCCAAGGAGCAGAUCUGGGAAUUGCAGAGACGAUAAACAAUUCGGUGGAGAAAUUCAGGAACUAAUGACGGAAAAUGCUCUUCAAGAGGCGGCAGUAGUGCCUGCAACCGGAAACUCUUUCACUGCUCUCCUUGGUCUCCCACCGAACCAAGCAAUAGAGCUUCUUCACGAACCAGUGUCAGUGAAAUCUCAGGAGAUCCUGGCAGCAGAUAUCUGGAAAGAUAGUCAAGAAGAACAGAGAACCUUUGGCAGCUACUCAUUCAACUGCAGCUCUCCAAUAUUCCCUUCAAAUGCUGCCCUAGUCGAACGAGCCGCAAGGUUCUCAGUCUUCGCUGCCGCAGAAGAUUCGCCUGAAGCGAGUUCGGUUCCGUCGAUUUCAAGCGAGAAUUCUCCCAAAUUGAAGGCAGAGCCGGCUGAUUCGGAGUCCAACCGGAGCUCAUCCCCGAUUCUCUCCUCCGCUGCAACUAUACCAAAGGAGAACCAGAAAUCAACUAAGCGCAAGGAACGGGAGAAGGUCAAAGGAUCUGCAAAAAAGAGCAAAACCGAUGGAAACAAAGAUGGUGAGAAGCUUCCUUACGUUCACGUUCGAGCUCGUCGUGGGCAAGCUACUGACAGCCAUAGCCUAGCUGAAAGAGCGAGGAGAGAGAAAAUCAACGCACGGAUGAAGCUCCUUCAAGAACUGGUUCCCGGUUGUAGCAAGAUAUCGGGUACGGCUCUGGUGCUGGACGAGAUCAUAAACCACGUACAGUCACUGCAGCGUCAAGUGGAGCUCCUAUCAAUGAGACUUGCAGCGGUUAACCCGAGAAUCGACUUCAGCCUUGACAACUUACUGGCUGUAGAAAGUGGAUGCCUAAGUACUGGUAGCUUCCCCAGCACAGUAGCAGUUGAGCCAGUGAUGUGGUCUGAACUUCAAUUCAAUGGAGCAAGAUGUCAACAACAUCAAAAUCAGCAUCAGCAGUUGUGGGAAGUUGAUGUGCAGCAACCACCACUUUGGGAGAGAGACAAUUACAACAAUUAUCAUCCAUCGGAGAAUUCUGUUUUCAGUUACAACUCCUCAGCAGACUCGGUAUCUAUGCACCCGAACCAGUUGAAAAUGGAAUUAUUGAAGCUCGGAUAAAGCUUUCAUUGUGGCUUGGUAGUGUACAAACGGGAAGUAUCAUUAGCACUUAGAAGAAUAGUGGGGCGGAGCUCUUAACAUUCCUCAAGAGACAUGUCUUUGCGAUAUUGGCAGAGGCAAUUAGGAUUUAGGAUCCUACUUCUCUUCAGAUCUAGGAGUAAAAAAUUUGAUAUGAUGUUCUAAUAUCUUAGUACUAAUUCAAUUGGGUCAUCCAACCUUCUGCUUUAGUUUCAAUCUGGAGUCGAUUGAUUCAUCUUGUAAAACAUGGAACAGGCUAUUACUUAUAUUAUUUUUGAAGUCGUUCUUUCUUCCCGUCA